CAAGAAUUUUCCCAUUUUCUUUUCUCGCCCUGUGCCUCAAAACAUCAUUCCCUCUUUUAAAUCCCCUCAGCCCGGCCAGAAAAUGCAUCAUGAGUGCAAUCCGAGGCUUUCUCAACGCCUUCAAGGCCCGCAACCCCCCAAUCACCGGGAUAAUCAACCUUAAACCCCUCAGCGACUCCAACGCCUCCGUGGGGAGAGCUUUUCUCGAGCGCUGCAACCCCUUUAGAGACAUCCCCAAAGACGCGAGGCUUGAGAACACACUAUGCGAAGUACGAUACAUCGAUCGUGUCCUCCGCGACACUCUUGUUCCUACGUCAUUGCCGGGUGAUGAUUAUCAUUUUUGCUCGAAAUUAUUGCGAAGUUUGGAAACGAGGCGUGAUUUAACGUGGUUGGUUCUCGGGGAGACGGAUAUAAAGGAUACGAUUGGUGCUAUUGCGAGGAGAGGUGGGCGAAGGGCGCCUAUUCCCGAUGAGCCUCACAAUAUUCAUAAUCGCGCGAAAGCUCUCGAGAGACAUUGGUCUGCGCUGGAAAAAUGCCACGCCAAGCUUCGAGAAUGGGAGCCCAAAUACGCGACGCAAUCACAGCCGCCUCUUUUAGAAGAAGAGGAAGGGUCUGUUCUUGACUUAAGCGACGAACAGGCUGCGCAUGCAGAGAUUGAAUAUCGAGAAUGGCGUUCCGAUCGCGAUAGAAAAGUAUCGUAUUUGAAGCUCAAUCCACCUGAGCCAGCGGCGUUUGUACCUGUUGAACGACGAGAUAUUCAAACGGAUGAGACGUGGAAGAUACUCCCCCCUUCAGAGAGUGAGAUUGGGAUGAAACUUCUGCCAGUUUGGACGCCGAUUAUUUUUCAAGAGGUACCUAUUGAUUGGGAGAGUCCUGAUUCGACUUUGAGGAGUACUAUUGGGGAGAGGAGAAGGAGGGAUGAGUUUAGAAGGAGGGAGAAUGAUAGGAGGGAGAGGAAGUUUGAGUUUCAGAAAAAGCUUCGUGAGGAGAUGGGUAGGUCAUGAUGUUUGGGUUGAAUUACAGGAGUUUUGGUUGGGUUUGUGACCUGGGAUAUAUAAGGUCUUGGUGUUUGCAUACAAGCUUGAUAUUCAACAUACAUCAGCAUAGACAACAAGAACAGAAGGAACAGGAGCAUAUUUAUCUAUGCUGGAUAUAUAAGAUAGGACAUGCUGAGAUAUCCCUACAGAGCCAAAGGGCUAAGUCUUCGGCUUCGACAUAUACACAAGAGAAGGGACACAAGGACGAUCAGAGAGCAGAAUACUUAUGAGUAUAAAAGUUCUUCCGCUAAGGCUUUGACUUCUUGUUUAUUUUAACAACAAGAUGGGGUUUCUAAACAAAACCACGACUUGGCAAAAACAGCAACCAAAGCACUCCUUGACGACCAGGAGUUCAUCACAACCCGCGAACAAUCCCCCGACGGCAUUUCUUUAACUGUCCACCGGAAUGCAACGCUAUCUCGCACACGGUCUGACAUUCUGGACAUCCGAUGCCUCAAAGUCUAUCACACACCGAAGUCUCAUUCUCCAACCCCUCCCCUCAGAACAAGCUUCUUCUACAAAACUCUAAGCGAAGCCUCAAUUGGUCAUCGAACUUUUGUCAAACGGCCCAGCCAAUAGGAUCCUCCCGCUCGCCGAUCGACACGAACGGCUUAUCAUACCACGAUGCUCGAUAUCACGAACCCCGCAAAUAGCUGCAUUAGGAAGGCACAGAUAAGUAUUCAUGCCGAACUUCCGUGCUCGCUUCUUUACUAUGGUGUGUUACGCUGUGUACCCUUGUGAGGAGGACUUUAUCGUAGCAAAAGUUCCUCUGAUCGUCGGGGAACUAUUAUGUAU